CGUCUGUUCUGCUGUGACUAUUACAAGAUAAAAUAUAACACACUAGUAAUGCUUUUUGUCGUGAAUUUACGUGUACUUGAUGGAAAACUUGGAGGAUUUUGAGAACUUGUUGUUUAUCUUGUAACAUUUUGAUCAAGAUUCACCUGCAGCUUCAUGAAGACUGAAUGAAUCAUGGACAAGGACGACACACAAAAACUCAGAGUUUCUUCUCCAGGAUACAGUCAACUCCAUAUGAAGAGAUCAGACUCACCGGAGCCCAGCUGUGUGUCCAUGAAGAGUGACUGGUCUAUGGAAGUGCCAUUAUAUUUUAAGGGUGAAGACAUAUCAACUGGUCUGAGUCAACUCCAUAUGAAGAGAUCAGACUCACCGGAGCCCAGCUGUGUGUCCAUGAAGAGUGACCGGUCUAUGGAAGUGCCAUUAUAUUUUAAGGGUGAACAAACAUCAACUGGAGUGAGGCCCGUACUGCUGCCCAGAUCUGACGUACAAGAACAAACCUGUGUGCUCAGGAAGAGAGAUCAGUCUAUGAAUGUACCAACACACUGGAAUGAAAACACACGUUUCAGUCACUCACAAUAUGUUGAAGUCCAAAGCACAUUCAAAUCCAAUUUGCUGAAGAAGUAUCAGUGUUUGCGCGAGGGAACAGCAAAGCAGGAAAACCCAACACUCCUGAAUGAGAUCUACACAGAGCUCUACAUCACAGAGAGUGAAAGAGGAGAGAUCAAUAAUGAACAUGAGGUGAGACAGAUUGAGACACAAUCAAGAAGAGCAACAACAGAGGACACGCAAAUCAAAUGCAAUGACAUCUUCAAACCUUUACCUGGACAAGACAAGCCCAUCAGAACUGUGCUGACUAAAGGAGUUGCUGGAAUUGGAAAAACAGUCUCUGUGCAGAAGUUCAUUGUGGACUGGGCUGAUGGGAAAGCCAAUCAGGACAUCCACAUCAUAUUUCCACUUCCUUUCAGAGAACUCAAUUUUAUGAAGGAAAAAGAACUCAGUCUUUCAGAUCUUCUUCAGGUUUUCUUCACUAAAACAAAAGAAAUGGAAAUAUCCAGAGAGGAAUGUAAAGUUUUAUUCAUCUUUGAUGGUUUGGAUGAGUGUCGUCUGUCUCUGGAUUUUCAGUGCAAUGUGAGAUUGUGUGAUGUCACCGAAUCAGCCUCAGUGGAUGUGCUGCUGACAAACCUCAUCAAGGGGAAUCUGCUUCCCUCUUCUCUCAUCUGGAUCACCUCCAGACCAGCAGCAGCUGAUCUCAUCCCCUCUGAGUGUGUUGAUCGAAUGACAGAGGUACGAGGCUUCAAUGACCCACAGAAGGAGGAAUACUUCAGGAAGAGAAUCAGAGAUCAGAGUCUGGCCAAAAGAAUCAUCACACACCUGAAGUCAUCAAGGAGCCUCUUCAUCAUGUGUCACAUCCCAGUGUUCUGCUGGAUUUCAGCCACUGUUCUAGAGACAAUGUUGAGUGAAGCAGAGAGAGGAGUGAUCCCCAAGACUCUGACACAAAUGUACACACACUUCCUGAUCAUUCAGACAAACAUCAAACAUGAGAAGGACUAUGAGAAGAAAAGUAAAGACAUGAUCCUCAAACUGGGGAAACUGGCUUUUGAACAGCUUGUGAAAGGCAAUCUGAUCUUCUAUGAGGAAGACCUGAGAGAGUGUGACAUUGAUGUGACAGAAGCAUCAGUCUACUCAGGAUUGUGCACUCAGAUCUUCAGAGAGGAGUUUGGGUUGUAUCAGGGGAAAGUGUUCUGCUUUGUUCAUCUGAGUAUUCAGGAACAUCUAGCAUCUCUCUAUAUGCACCUCUCCUUUACAAACAAUAACAUAAAUAUGUUUGAACAAAUCACUGAUCAAAGUCUGUUCUCUAUAGUUUUAAAGGUGAUGAAACUGAAUCCAUCAAAACAGGUUUCUAUGUUUGACCUGCAUCAGAGAGCUGUGGAUGAGACUUUACAGAGUAAGAAUGGACAUCUGGACCUUUUCCUACGUUUCUUUCUGGGUCACUCAUUGGAGUCUAAUCAAGCUCUCCUACAAGAACUACCGACACAGACAGGAAGCUGCUCCUACAACAAAGAGGAAACCGUGAACUACAUCAAGCAGAAGAUCAGUGAGAAUCACUCUCCAGAGAAAUCCAUCAAUCUGUUUCACUGUCUGAAUGAAUUGGGUGAUGAUUCUCUUUUGACAGUGAUCAAAGAUUAUCUGAAAUCUGGAAAAAUAAAAGAAACAAAACUUUCCUCUUCACAGUGGUCAGCUGUAGUGUUUGUGUUGUUGACCUCAGAGCAGAAGAUGGAUGAGUUUGAUCUGAAAAAGUUUAUUGGAGCACAAAAUAAAGCAGAUGAAGUUCUUCAGUAUCUGAUGCCUGUGAUUAAAGAAUCCAGAUCAGUUCAGUUGAGAUAUUGUGAUGUCACAGUUGAAGGUUGUGCUGCUCUGACUUCAGCUCUGAGAUCAAACCCCUCACAUCUGAAAGAACUGAAUCUGUCUGAGAAUAAUCUAAGAGAUACAGGAGUGAAUCUGCUCUCUGAUUGGCUGAAGAAUCCUCACUGUAAACUGGAGAAACUGGAGUUGAGUAAUUGUCGUGUCACAGAUGAAGGUUCUGUUGCUCUGACUUCAGUUCUAAGAUCAAACUCCUCACACCUGAAAGAACUGGAUCUUUCUGGGAAUAAACUAAGAGAUUCAGGAGUGAAGCUGCUCUCUGAUGGACUGAAGAAUCCUCACUGUAAACUGGAGAUACUAAAGUUGAGAUAUUGUGGUGUCACAGAUGAAGGUUGUGCUGCUCUGACUUCAGCUCUGAGAUCAAACCUCUCACAUCUGAAAGAACUGAAUCUGUCAUUUAAUAAACUAAGAGAUUCAGGAGUGAAGCUGCUCUCUGAUGGACUGAAGAAUCCUCACUGUAAUCUUGAGAGACUGAGGUUGAGUGAUUGUGAUGUCACAGAUGAAGGUUGUGCUGCUCUGACAUCAGCUCUGAGAUCAAACCCCUCACACCUGAAAGAGCUGUAUCUGUUUGGGAAUAAACUAGGAGAUUCAGGAGUGAAGCUGCUCUCUGAUCUAAAAGAUGAUCCACAUUAUAAACUGGAGACACUGAUGAUUUAGAUGGAAGUCUCUUUGAGAACUGAUUAUGAAGAAAAUCUAAUAUGGAAGUGCUGCUGUAGUUGUUUGUCUCCAGAAUCAGAAGCUUUUUUAUGUAGUUUUGAGGUAAUCUGUUCUGUUGAGCCUCUAAACAAAC